CCUCUGACCAACCCUGCGCGCAAAGAAAUUGGUCUCGCAGCGGUCCUACAAUACUUGUAUAUCAUUGGCUAAGCUUUACCCCGCCCCUGCGUCAUCCAGCCUUCGGCCUAGGCUGGAGGGUCCACGAUUGGUCCAACCGGAGAACUUGGCCGGAAGACCUGGCACUUGGCACUUCGGCAUUACCCAAGAUGGCGGCGGCCGCAGCGAGUCGAGGACUCGGGGCAAAGCUGGCCCUGCGAGAGAUUCGCAUCCACUUAUGUCAGCGAUCGCCCGGUAGCCAGGGCGUCAGCAAGCGCGGCGCUCUCCGGCCCUGCAGGGACUUCAUUGAGAAACGCUAUGUGGAGCUGAAGAAGGCGAAUCCCGACCUACCCAUUCUAAUCCGCGAGUGCUCGGAUGUGCAGCCCAAACUCUGGGCCCGCUACGCAUUUGGCCAAGAGAAGAAUGUCUCUUUGAACAACUUCAGUGCUGAUGAGGUAACCAGAGCCCUGGAGAAUGUGCUAAGUGGUAAAGCCUGAAACCUCCACCGAGGAUUAAGGGCAACAGCCCCAGAGCCUGGGCUCUGAUGGACUUAGUGUAAUGUGAAAAAAAUGUGUUCUCUUAUUCCAUAUAAAGCUUGUGCUGUAAAAUA